CGCUACUCCAGAGCUCCUCUGUCGCUCUCUCCGCUGCACACACUCCUCUCUCCUCUCCUCUCCUCUCCUCUGGUUUGACAGCAGCAGCCAUGAGCUACAGCAGUCGCAGUUACGUCUCGUCCUCGGGCGGCUCCAUGAGGGGUGGACCCCUCACCUCCUCCCGCGUCUCCAUAGUGUCCAGCGGCAUGGGUGGUGGCAUGGGCAUGGGUGGUGGCAUGGGCAUGGGCAUGGGCAUGGGUGGCGGCGGCGGGCGCCUCAGCUCCAUGCGGGCCGGCAGCGUGUACGGGGGCGCGGGGGGCUCGGGCGUGCGCAUCUCCACCGCCUCCUCCUUCGGCUCUGGCGGCGGCGGAGGCGGCGGCGGCUUCGGUGGUGGCUACGGCUUCGGCGCCGGAGGCUGCAUCGACCUCGGCCAGCAGCAGGUAGGCACCAACGAGAAGGCCACCAUGCAGAACCUGAACGACCGCCUGGCCUCUUACCUGGACAAGGUGAAGACUCUGGAGAAGGCCAACGCCGAGCUGGAGGUGAGGAUCCGUAAGUUCCUUGAGAGCAAGACCUCGCCCACAGCCCGAGACUACUCCACCUUCCACACCACCAUCAGCGACCUGCAGGACAAGAUUCAGGAUGCCACCCGAGUCAAUGGAGGGAUUUACCUGAGCAUCGACAACGCAAAGCUGGCAGCCGACGACUUCAGAACCAAGUAUGAGAAUGAGCUGGCAAUGCGUCAGUCCGUGGAAUCAGACAUCAUGGGGCUGAAGAAGCUCCUGGACGAGCUGACCAUGACCCGGUCCGACCUGGAGAUGCAGAUCGAGGGCCUGAGGGAGGAGCUCAUUUACCUCAAGAAGAACCAUGAGGAGGAGCUUCUGGCCAUGCGUGCUCAGAUGACCGGCCAGGUGCACGUGGAGGUGGACGCCGCGCCGCAGGAGGACCUGUCCCGCGUCAUGGCCGAGAUCCGCGAGCAGUACGAGGCCGUCUCCGCCAAGAACCAACGCGAACUGGAGAACUGGUUCCAGACCAAGUCAGAGUCACUGAACAAGGAAGUGGCGGUCAGCACAGAGACCCUGCAGUCGUCCAAAUCCGAAAUCAAUGAGAUCAGACGCACGCUCCAGGGUCUGGAGAUCGAACUGCAGUCACAACUCAGCAUGAAAGCGUCUCUGGAGGGCACGCUGGCGGACACGGAGGGACGCUACUCCAUGCAGCUGUCCGGUCUGCAGGGUCAGGUGACCAUGCUGGAGCAGCAGCUGAUGCAGCUCAGGGCCGACAUGGAGCGCCAGGGCCAGGAGUACAAGUUGCUGCUGGACAUCAAGACCCGUCUGGAGAUGGAGAUCGCCGAGUACAGGAGACUGCUGGACGGAGAGGCCACCAGCCUCAUCUCCUCUGGGAGCAAGUCCAGCACCAGCACAGUGAUGGUGAAGACCAUCGUGGAGGAAGUGGUGGACGGAAAGGUGGUCUCGUCCUCGUCUUCCAUCAUCGAAUGAGCAGUCUUGUCCUCUCCAGAACACUCUCCAAACAUCAGGACAACCUAACUUUGCUCAAGACUGCAUUGUCUGAGCCAGACAGUGAAUAAACUUGACUACUCGCACACAACAAA